AUGAUACGAACAAAACGACAACGAAAUAAUAUAUUUAAUGAUGAUAGUAUUAAUAAGAAAAGAACAUUAUUUGAUAAAAUAAUAACAAUCAAUCGAAAUAAAUCUCUAUUCGAAGAUUUAACAAAUGAAAUUCUUUAUGAAAUAUUUGAAUAUCUUGAUAUUUAUUAUGUUUAUAAAGGAUUCAUUAAUCUUAACAAACGAUUUCAAAAUUUACUUUUUCAUUCAACACUUCUAAUUAAAAUAAAUAUUUUAACAAUGCCAAAAUCAAAAUUUCACCAUUAUCAUAUAAAUAUAAUUCUUCCAAAUCAACAUCAAAUUAAUUCACUUCGUUUAUUAAAUCCAUUUACAGUUGAUAUUAUCUUCUCACCAUCACGUAUUAUUUCAAAAUUUAUUUAUCUUGAAACAUUAAUUCUUGAUAAUAUUAAAGCUCAAUAUCUUUAUAAAAUUCUCCAUCAUUUAAUUCUCUUACCCAAAUUUCAUUCAUUAGUUCUCAAUCUGAUUGAAUAUUGCAAUUUAACAUAUCAAACAAAAGAUGAACAACGACUAUUACCUAUUAUUUUUCAUAAAUAUCAAUAUAGUCCUAUAGAACAUUUUGUAAUUAAUAGUCGUAUUCGAUUUGAUUCAUUUAAUAAUUUAUUAUUUUGUCUUCCGCAACUUUGUCGUUUAUCAAUUGAUGGUCUUGUUAAAUGUACUUUUACAAAUAUAAAUUCGCAUACAAAUUUUUUAGAACAUUUAAAAUAUGUUUCACUCAAACUUGAUUAUAUUAGUUUUAAUCAAGAACAAUUAAUAUCAUCAUCUAUGCCAAAUUUACGUGUAUUUGAUAUAAAUCAUGAUAGUUCUGCACGAAAUAAUCCAUUAAUAUAUCAUAAUUCAAUUAAAGAAUUUAUAUCAUCAUUUUGA